UCUUUGUAGUUUUUGACUGAACGCAACUGUAGAGAACUGUGGCGCUGCGCUGUGUUUAUCACAGGUCAAAGUGUUGCAAGGCGGAAUAAAACCAUGAUUUGUCUGAAUAUGUUGCAUUUCGUCAGGUUUGAAGGUAUCUUACGAAAAAAAACGACAAUUACCGUUUUAAUAGCCGUGAUGGGGUCGGCGUGGGAAUUUAUAAACUGCGCCAGAAAACAGGUAGAGUAAAUAAACGCGACUAAUGGAUUGCCUUUUGCAUAAACAACCUUCAAUAUUUGCAGAACAGCGACAAAUAAAACAAUUGAGCUCGAUUCGAAAGCAAUUAGCAAAAGCACACAGAGUGAGAUUUCUCAAGGGCGUCCUCGAGUACAAGAGAUGAUCUAAACAAUCUUAAAGGAAAAUAGCGGCGGUCCAAGCAAUUUCCGCUAUUUCAGCGCGCCUCACUCCCCCUAUCUGCUAAACGUUAGUGCCGAAGAUAUGACGCGCAGGGAUCUUCCGACUGUAAAAAAGCCGCGUUUUGAUGGACAUUUGGGGGUAUUGGUUGCAGACUUCAAAGACAGCGACCUCAAACCGUAGAGUGUAUCUAUCUCCGUGUUGACAGAUUUUUACAAAGGGUGGCUUAUUUAAAGAACUGCCGCCGACAAAGCAAAAAGAACAUCGGAUCGUCGAGUGCGAAUACAAAUAUGUAUGAUUUCUACUCGACAAAUUUCGGCUAUCAGGCACCGUCCUAUCCCAACCCUUACGCGUACAACAGCCCAGAAAUGAACUCCUCUUGCUCGUAUCGCUUUCCAACUUAUGGAUUCCACGCCGGACCCAUCCACACAACUGGUGUUCCGAGUUAUCAGCCAUGCGAGCGCGUUUCAAACGUCGCAAGAGUAGACGGCAUCAGAAUGGCCGACAACACACCCUCACGGCCCGACUUCUGCACAAAAACGCUUCAGCAUUUUCCUCCCACUCCUCCGCCAAACAUGAACACAGUAAACUGCGCUAAUGAGUUUCAAAAAAAGCAAUGCAUCGACAAGUUACUGGAGGAUAGCGACGAAGAUGAAAAAAUAGAUGGAGCUAAACUGAGUAAAUCAAGAAAAGAAAGAACAGUAUUCACAAAGUAUCAGCUUCACGAGCUAGAGAGAGAGUUUGGCCGAAACAACUACUUGACGAGAUUAAGAAGAUACGAAGUGGCUGUGAGUUUGGAUCUCACCGAGAGACAAGUCAAGGUUUGGUUCCAGAAUCGAAGGAUGAAGUGGAAAAGAGUGCGAGGUGGAAUGCCCCCAAAGAAGUCAACGAGUUUGGACCAAAUGGAAUUAGCAAUUUAUUGAACUAUGGUGAUCUUGAUGAAACGAAUAAUUAUUAUCUCUUACUUAUCGUUCAUUCUUUUAAAAUGUCUCAACCCCUUGGCGUAAAAGUCUAUGCUUUAAACUUCUGAACAGUAUGUAAGGAAAUAGUUGUCAAAUUGAUAGUAACAUUUGUGGUUUUCAUGGCCUCGCUUCCAGCCGUAUAUGGCUUGAUUGCAAUGCAAAACAACGAUGAUCACAUGGUUAAUGAUGUUUUCUUUUUCUCCUAACCUGUCUGCUUACAAUUCGUUAAUUUUAGAAAGAGAGAUUAACUGUUGGUCACUAGAAUUAGAACGAAUAAUACAAAGGAUCUUUAUGAUUUUAGUGUUUUAUUAAUAUUGUUUUGUUUGUAAAUACGAAGUUCAGGUUUUCUAAGGUUAGUUUGCAUCACCAAAAGUAUACACACUCAGUCAGGUCGCUCAUCUGGUUGGCAAGACUAGACUUGGGACAUUAUAGACCAUUUAAUUGAAUUAGGUUUGUUUCCAGCACCUAAGCAUAUGGAUGUGUUAAAUGGUAUUUCCUCUUCGAUUCUUUUCUUUGUAAAAUCAGUGGUAUUGGAAAGCAUCCAGAGUGCAAAGUUAAACUCGGUCUGCGGUUAUACACCGCUUAAGUGACGAACGCAUAAUUCAACAUUCUUCUGUAAAAUUUUAUCUUUCGUUGUUGUGGGUUUAUAUCUUUUGGAAAAAGUCAUUCCAAAGUUUUACUUGAGAUGUGUAAUUGUAAUAGAAUGGCCAUGCACAUAAUACAAGCAAAUAAUUUUAAGAUAUCACGUGGAAACUCUAUGUUGACGCUAUUUAUUGUUUACCUAAGAUUAUUUACAAGAAUACUUUGAAAAAAUAUUUACCUGGAAAAAAUACAACCAGCGUUGAUUGAUACCAUUUAGCGUAUAAUUUGAUAUAAUUCAAAUACCGUUUUGUACAGUGAUUGAAACGAGAUAGAAGAAAUAAAACUUUUAAAAACUUUCUAACAUGAUGCGAGAGUAGUAAAUAUUUAGACUUGCAAUAGAACCCUUUUCAGUGAAAUGAAUAAUUGGGAUGUUGGUUAACGCAGAUAAAAUAAUGAUCAAAGGAAUUCAAGUCUUUCAAAAUUGCUUGUUUUGCUGUUUAUUUUGCUUUUAUACCCGUGUUUAUAUUACAGUUUCAGCCAAUCAGAACACGUCUCGCAUUUCAUCGCGUUAUGAAGACCCCUCAACCCCUAACAGAACCACGACUGAUUUCCCAUAAUAACCCUCCAUGCCCGCGACAUACAGAUGUACAGUUGCACCCCUAUUAAGCGGCCAACGAUUCAAACGGCCACCCCUAUUAGGCUGCCAGUAAUCAAAGUCCAGAUGAGGGCUUUUCUAUCGUUUUUACCUCUAUUAAGCGGCCAGCCCCCUUUAAGCGGCCGCUAUCCAUUUUCCCGAGGGUGCCCGUUUAGCAGGGGUGAGCUGAAGUUAAAAUAUGUUAUUACGACUAUUGCAUUCACGGGUUCAAUAGCCGAUCAUCAAAUUUGUGCCCGGAAUUCCGCGGCAGUUCAAGGAGUAAUAUCACGGUUUUGUGUUAUGUUUCAUGUGCUUUAAUUUUUAUUCUGAUAAAUUAUUUCAAAACCUAACUUCUAAUCAUGAUCAGCCCGAAUUUCUAUAGACUGUGUCUUCUAAUCGUCUUUCAAAACCAUUGUGGCAAGAUAGGCUAGCCAUGAGCCGAUUGUCCUUGUCGACAGCUCAAAAGGUCCAAAAGGAAGAUCUGGAUAGAGUUUACUGACUGCUCAGAAUUGGCCAACCAAGAAGUUGCUCGUUUAUCAACUUACAGCUGUGGUCUGAGAUAUUCAUAAUUAACUGAUGUGGAAUUUUAACUGACAGAUGAGAAGUUGCCAAAUAGUUGUAAAACUGACAACAGACAUUCCAGAACUCUCAUCCAGGCCCUCGAAAAGGGGGUUGAUCCGUCCUCAACCUCUUAUUUUUGCAACUUUGUUGUUUUCACAAACCUGAGGAGAUAAGAAAAAAAAUAUGUAUAUAUGGAACCUUAUAAUAAUAACUUUAUUUAAGUGUCAGGGUAGGUAUUUAGCUUUCAGAAGCUAAUUGGGGACACUACUACGUUACAAUGUAUUGAAAUUUAAAAUGUACAGUUAAGAAUACGAAUUAAAAUUAAUUGGGUACACUAGGAAUAAGUAAGAAUCGUCUUAAAAGUGGAUAAAAGUGGAUACUACAAUGUAGCAUUGCAUUGAAGCCAGGUCAUUUCUAACAUCAAUAGAUAAAAGAAAAGAAACUGUAGCCUGUGACCUAAUGUGCCACAGAAUUCUCCGAACUAUUAUUAUUUACAAGAAAAGUAAGAUAAUCAAUGCAAUGAUUCGUAAUUUAAUCCCGGGGUCUGGGAGAGGUAUCGUGUGCCAUUCCUUUUUGCAUCCUGAUUCUUCAAGUCUUGUUAAUUUUGUGAGGUGCAAUUGAACAAAUAAUGUUUUUGGAGGUAUCGUGACGAUUUAGGUCAACGCUGUCAUAUCGAUUUCAGUAUUCAGACACUGAGUCAAGUACAUUUUUGCUUGAUUAGGACAUUUCUCCAAGACAUUUAUAGUAAAAUCUCUGCUCAUCACCGUUUGAUGACCUUUUCAAGACGAUUGCCAUAGGUCGCCCACAAUCACAAGAAACAAUGGUUAUUGUGUAUGGCAGCUGGCAUAUAUAGCUCUGAACUGACUCAGUUUAGAGUUAUAUACACCAGUUGACACACAAUAACCAUUGUUUCUUUCAGGUCAGUUUUGAUGUAAUGCUGACAUCCAGCAGAAAGGCAAAAAAAUCUGGAAGCAGACAUACUGGGAACUGUGUUUCAUUUGAUGAUUUCUUCACAUGAAACAGACCACCAAACUACUACAUUUUCAUUAACAUUUCCUUCAAGCGAAGCAACAAUGAAGCUAUACGAAACAAGGAGUUUACAACAUGGCCACCCCGAGAGCAUAGCCUUGGAAACAACAAACUCGAUUUAGCAGCGUUUCUGCGACCUGUCGUGUUUGUCAACAAUUAACUCGACUUGUUUUAGUCAACACCACUUGUUAUGUCUUUUUAUGGAACCGACCGAUGAAAAUAUGCCUCCUUCAAGGUACAUGUAAUCCGGUGAAGCAUAGAUAAGCUUAUCUCCGGUUUUCGUGGGUGAUCAUAGCCAUUUGGACCACCAGCUUUGAAACACAUGUUCAAUGAAGAAAGUUUGAAGAGAUCGCUCUUAUCUGCGCAAUCUUGCCUUGUCACUGGCAACAGUAUUUCCACUGUGAUUCAUCCCACAUGAUGUUGCAAAAGGCAACCGACAGACGGUAUGAUCCCAAUUGAAAAAGAUUUGCAGGUGUACAGUUUUAAACUAUUAUUUACAGAGUGAUGCCCGAGUGGCCACUUCAUGAUAUGUAACAGAUUCUACGAUUGAAAACAGAAAACAGUGGUCAACCGGCCUCGGCCCAAAGGUUCUAUUUGAGCAGGAUUAGAGCAAGCUUUAUCCUCCAGUCGUUCUUCUCCUCCAUUGAAUUUAUACAGCUAUUUUGUUUUGCGACGUUAAGGACUUGGUUUAUUAUCAUUCAUUUAAUGAUAGGGGUAUUUUGAAACUAUUUGUUUUGUGCCUUUGGGUUAUGUUUGACCGCCAUGUUUAUUUAUAAAGCAAGCGCGUUUACCAAUCUGUGAAAAUAUUGACAUUAAUACGGAAUAUUCACUGAAGGAAACAAUGCGCUACGAAAUAUUAAACUCCUGAGAGCUGAGAGACACUCUGCCAAAAUUCUGCUGUU